AUGGACGUGUUCUCAGCAAAAUUAUUUCCUGAUAUUGUGGUGCAGAUUCUUAUUUGUAUAGCAUUUGUUUUGGCCGUUAGAGUCUCUGGUGUGAUCACGCGAGACACGGAUACCCGACGGUUCUCCUUAGAGACGCUCAGUUGGCAUCAAACUGAUCGCGAAUACAUCUCUAUGCUCACUUUUGUCGUCUAUGCAGCUAUGAUGGGCCUGAUGUUCUACGCUCUUUCCAUACUUGACCUACUUUAUAUGCACAUAUAUGACGAAGAAAAGCACGAAACGACAGAAACGACGCCAAAGACUCGACUCCUCUACCAAAUUAUUCAUUUGAUCUGCGACAUCAUAUUCUGUCUUCUCAUUGUUCUUCCAAGAGUCGACGACCAUUCAGCAAAUUCCAAUUUAGCCAUUAUUCAUUCUCUGCUAAACAUUUUCGGCCCAGCCAUCUGGCCGACUAUUUCAUUGAUUGUUUAUUCCGGAAGAGUUAGACAUGAGCUCUGUUUCCGAAUGAUCCUUAUGUGCAAGACCUGUUCAUCGCCUAAUAGCAAUAAUGUCGACAACCGACGGAGUCGGAUGCGAGUGGUCUGA